GGGUUCUUGAAACAGCCUCAACCCCAAUCAACGCGAUUGGAAAUACACGUAGUACAUACCGUUGUGUUGUGUUGUCGCUUCCAUCGAGCUUAGCACAUUUCCGCAGAGCCGGCUUGCCGGGUAGCACGUAUAACGAUUGCCUCCUUUCACUCCUCCCCUGUAAAACCCCAUCCUUGCUGCCCGGCCCUUUGCAUUCGAAAUAAAAUGUAAAGCCCCCGCCUCCACGCUGAAGUCUAACGCAUACUUCCGUCAGCGGCUGAUAAAUCUCUUGUAAAUUCUGAUAAGUUCACCAUCUUCUAGUCUGCGACUCGAGGAUUCUAUUCCCAUUCACCUGGUCGACCAAACACCAUUUUAUAAGUUUAUUCGCGCAACUCCGGCACACAAAGGAACACAAGUAUCAACAGCGUGUAGCACACGAACCACAAUGGCACCAUUCAGCACCCUCUUUGGAGCAGCGCUCCUCCUCGCAUCCUCAGCGAGCGCACACUAUUCGCUUCUUACCCCAACGCCAUUGGGUAGUGAUGACGAUGGAGAAGCUUCCGGACCUUGCGGCGGCUACACGCCAGACUUCUCAAAGAAUACCGUAUCGGAUUUCCACGUCGGUGGCGGUAAUAUAGGCAUGCGCCUCGGCCACCCGCAAGCCAUUUGGCUCUUCCGCGGCACCUUGGAUCAAACGGGCCAGAAAAACUGGACCCAACUGUUCCCUCAUGUGACGCAGAGCGGGCUGGGAAAUUUCUGUGAGCCUAGCAUAACGGCGCCUGAGAGCUGGGUUGGCAAAAACGGUCUGAUUGGCGUCGUGGCCAAGGCCGAGGAUGGACUGCUAUACACUUGCGCGGCCGUCAAGUUCGUCUCUGGUGUUGCCACCCUCGACAGCAACAACUGCAAGAAUGGUUCUGCUGAGGCCCAGCUGAACGGCCAGGAUUCGCAACUAUCCCCGCUCGCCACCUUACCGACGACUUCAGGAAACACUACAGUUUCCGGCACCGGUAUUGGCACCAGCACUGGUUCCGGAUCUGACUCAAGUAGCGGCAGCGGUAACAAAACCGAUACGAAGAACGCGGCCGGCAUGCUGUCGCCCAGCUUUUUGGCGGUAGGCGCUGUGACCGGAUUGGGGUUGGUGAGCGUCUUGUAAUUUGAUUAUGGCUUCCUACAGGCUUUGCAAAAGGGACUACUAUAAUGGUUAAAGGAGGUUUUGAUGGCCUUCGUGUACAUGUGUAUCCAUGCUGUAUGUAGUCCAUUGGGAAGUCUCGUGCGGCAAUUUGAAAAUGUGACGAUUCUAUGGAUUAAAGCCACCAAA